AUGCUGAACGUACGUGAAGAAUUACCGAUACCCUAUAAACUAGUGGAAAUUAAUUACAAAGGUCAAUCAGUUGGGACUCCUACGUUAGGAGCUUUUGAUAUUGGCGAUAACAGCUUGUUAGGGGCUCAAUUAAUUUCUGAAGAACAACGUUGGUUUAUUAUCAUAGGAAAACGUCAGGACUAUGAAAAUGUUCAGCAACAAAUUUAUUUCUUUCAAAUAUAUAUUAAAGACAGUAAAGAAAUCGGUGAACAAAGCAUUUUUAUUACUUUAAAAAACAUAUUCGAUAAUCAACCUUUAAUAAGCUAUAAGCCGUCACCAUGCAGAGCAGAGGAACUGCAAGCAAACUAUCAGACAAAUUGCACGUUUACUGUCUAUGAUCCCGAUGGCAUGGUUAACAAUAAAAUACGUUUAAAAAUUAAUAACAAUCAAGAGAAGUCGCUCUUCGAAUUUGUACCUUACGGUGAUAUUGGUCCAUAUAGCAAGCAAUAUCAGUUGAAAAUUCUGAAAGCGUUACACUAUGAGGAGAAAGCUUUUUAUAAUUUAGAAGUACACGCUUUUGAUGCUCAGAACAACAGCGGCAAUAUUUACGCCAUUUUAGAAGUCAUCGAUGUACCAAAUCGCCCUCCCGUCUGGAUGCGACCUCUAACCACCGCCACAUUUAACGAGAAGGAGGAAAAGUUUUUUAACUUACAUGCUAUAGACGGGGAUACAGGCAUCAAUAAAUCGAUCUGUUAUAAAUUGGAAUUCGAAAAUGAUUAUUCCCAGUUUAUUUCUAUCAAUCACUUUACGGGCCAGUUGCACGUCCUACCCAUUGAUCGCGAUAUUUUAAAUCAAGAAAUUUUUCAUUUUUAUACUUGUGCGUACAAAUGCGAUAACUCCUCUUGGCUUAUAAAAGAUGAAACCAUUUUAAUUGUCCAAGAUAUAAACGAUCAUAAGCCCGAGAUAGCAUUGAGUCCGAAGCUAGUGAAAAUACCGGAAUCUAAAUAUUUGACUGUACCUCUGAACGAAUUUUCCGUGCAAGACUUAGAUUUGGGUUCCAAUGCAAGCUACACAAUUUACUUGUCACAAGCCAAUGUCGCGACUGAUUAUGCUAAAGCUUUUGCUCUAACGCCGGAUAAUGGCUAUCAACGGACCAACUUCUCUUUGAAUGUUGUUAAUACGGAAUUACUGGAUUAUGAAAAUGAACAAUGGAGAGAAUUUGUUUUAAGAAUAAUCGCUCAAGAAAUUGGAAACUUGUCUCAUACAACCUUUGUUGAGCUUAAAAUUGAACUCAUCAAUUGGAACGAUGAGCGGCCAGUGUUUGAAUUAGAGCUUUACGAAGUCUCUGUGGAAGAAACGAUCACCAAAGGUGAAAACCUAAUGCGAUUACAAGCCUUUGACCGUGACAUAGGGGAUCAAAUUAGAUAUUUUCUAUUGGGUAAUAAUACCGCAGUAGCGAUAGAUCCUUUCACGGGCUUAAUAAGUGUUAGUAACACGCAAGCCUUUGAUUAUGAACGCCAGUCGUUAUUGUACUUUCAAGUACUUGCUCGAGAUUCAUUAAUUACCGAAUUCAAUGAGACUUUGCAUUACUCUUACGCGCAGCUAUUGAUACACAUAGUGGAUGUUAACGAUGAGACGCCUAUUAUAAAAAUGCCUCGUUUUAUGGCCAAUAUUACCGAAAAUUUCCCAAGUUCGACUUUAGUAGCAGAAGUGGAAGCUUUUGAUCCGGAUAGUACGGCAAAUUUAAAAUUCCAAAUAAAUUGGUCUUCAUCGUAUGCAACCAAACGAGGGCAGGAAGUACAUCAAAACUUAUUUAAAGGAUGUUUUUCAAUUCAGCCCGUAGCUGUUGGGAAUAAUUUGGUUUACGGCAAUUUAAAGCUUAAUAAAAAUUUCAUCCAAGCAGUAGAUUAUGAAAAAUAUGAUACAAUCUUUCUGUCCAUCAUGGUAAAGGAUUUAAAUCAGCAAAUCAAUGAUGGCUCCGCAACUGCAUUGCUAACCAUACGUGUCAAUGAUAUCAAUGAUAAUGCUCCAGAAUUUGUAAGUGGAACUUUAAAUAUACAACGUACUGUUAAAGAACUUGAAAAGAUAGGAAACGUAAUCGGUAACAUAGAAGCUUUCGACAUAGAUGGCCCUGAUAAUAAUGAUAUUAUCUUUGAGUUAAGACCACUGACCAGCUUGCCGGCAACCGAUUUGAUAAUUAUAGAAAAUACUACCGGUAUUCUAAAAGUCAAUGGAAAGAUAGAAUGCGAUUUACCUAAGAUAUAUGCUUUGGAGUUUGAAGUCACAGUAUCUGAUUCCAAGUAUAAAACUAAAGGAAAAUUCCUUAUCUCCAUUAUUGAUGUCAAUAAUCGUAAGCCUAUUGUGGACAAAUUCCCGCAACAAGUGUUUAUAUAUGAAAAUGCUACCUCAGGCUUUUUAUUGGGAGAAAUUAAGGCACAUGAUGACGAUAGAGAUAGCCCACAUAAUUUACUAACAUACACAAUCGGUGAUUAUACGCCAAAUAUAUAUAACAUUUUUGAAAUCGAUACUCAGACUGGAAAAAUUCGUCUAAAGUUACGUAAUGGCUUUGUAUUGGACCGCGAUAGUGGCGUGACGUUUUAUUAUAUACCGAUUGAUAUACGAGAUAACAGUUUCCAUCAGAAUACCGGUUAUGAAGUGAUUAAUCACGCAACGACUUUCUUGAAUGUAACAUUACUCGAUGUUAACGAUAAUGCCCCACAAAUGCCCGAUAAGCUACAAUUCUUACCCGAAUUCUCUGAAGCCAAUCCUAAAAAUACAAUAUACAAAGCGGAUUUUAUAGCCAUUGAUCGGGACGAGCCAAAUACGUUAAACAGUCGCAUAACCUAUAAAUUACUUGAAAUAAGACCAGAUGGUAAUAAUUCGUAUGAACCUCUGAAGCCUUACGAUGAUUUAUUCGCCGUAACUACUGUUCAUGACCGUGUGGGGAAAUUGUUAGUAAACAGAUCUUUAAAAGGUUUUUAUGGAUUUUGGAUAAUUUUAAUACAAGCUUCCGAUCAUGGUAUACCUGAGCAAAAAAAUAUUUCAUCUUAUGAGGUAUAUGUUAGACCCUUUAACUUUCAUAUGCCUGUAAUUCGAUAUCCAGUAGCGGGCAAAACAUUAAGAAUAUGUCAGUCAUUGCAAGAGGCUUAUCGACCUUUAUAUCUGGCAGAUUGUCAGCGGCGUUUAAAUUUAUUUGAAGCCUAUGAUCCCGACGGAAAUAAAUACGGUGACGUGACUUUCGAUUUGGAUAGUGAUGUCGGGGACGAUAAGCAUUUUCAAAUGAUAAAAUUAUCCCGUAAUACAAGCGCUCUUCAUGUUAAGAAAAUUUUACCGGCUGGGAGCUAUUCUAUCAAUUUACGAGCUAUAGAUGGCGGUGGAAGCAGUUCCCAAGAAAUACGCCAGUUGAAGCUUGUUUUUGUGGAUGUGCUUGGAAGUGGCAUGUUUUUGGAGAAAGUCUUUCAAAUUAAUUUUACUGAAAAUGAAGCAGGCUUGCAAGAGAAACGUUACGUGCCAGAGGCCUACGAUCCCAAAAAUGAAGGCUUGGAGACGAAUGAUGAUGGUCUUUAUAAAUUAUAUUAUUUCAUAGAUGAUUCCAUUUACCCCAAUGAUACUCGUCGGUUUAAAUUAAAUCCAAAGACGAGAGAACUUACUUUAAAAUCUGCUUUAGACCGGGAACAUCAGAGUGAGCAUAGACUACGCAUAAAAGUAACAAAUAAUCCUCAAGGAAGAAUAACGAAUCACCUAAGGGGUAAUUAUACCUUAGAAGUCAUUAUAAAAGUUAACGAUGUCAAUGAUAAUUCGCCAAAAUUCUCUCAGCAACUCUACGCAGCUGGUCUAACUAACAAAGAUUCUUUGGGGAAACUUGUAUUGCAAUUCCAAGCAACUGACGCAGAUUCAGAUGAUCAAAUAAUAUUCGAAAUUAUCGAAGAUUCUUAUGAACGGAAUGGAGAAUUUAUUCCAGGCAAUCUAACGGAUUUCUUAAUCUUAGAUAAGAAUAAUGGAAGUUUAAAUUUAUUAACGUACGUCAACAAUAAUAUGAAAGGGUAUUUGGAAUUUCAAAUAAAAGCGUUAGAUCGGUUGCGACACUACGAUACCGCCCAAGUAAAGAUUUAUAUAGUUUCCGAGAAAAAUCGUGUAAAAUUUGUAUUCCUAAGCGAUAUCGAAAAGAUAAGAGACAAUCAACAAUAUUUACGCGAACAAUUUCAAUUGAUUUAUGGUUAUGACAUAUGCAAUAUCGAUGCUAUUGAAGAUAUCACAAGCUUAGAAGCUAAUAAAUUUACGAUUCAUCCAUCCGCAAAUCAUACCCAGGCGUUCAUUACCGAAAUCACAGUGCACUUUAUACAUGAUAAUGAGGCUGUGAAUGCUCAAGAAAUAGAAAGGCGUGCCAAUGAUUUAUCCUUUUUAUCACAAUUGCAAAAUUCUUUACAACAACAAAAUUUAAUAUUAAAUAAUAUACCACAUGAGGAGUCGAUAACAAUGUCAAGCUUCUUAUUUGAUCAGCCAUUGACAUUUGGCUUAAUUAUCUGCAAUAUAUUGCUCGGACUGGUAAGCGUUGUAGUGACGACUUUGCAUUUAAGGAAAAUUAAAUUUUUGAAAAGAGAAUUAAAGGCGUUUGAAACGACCGCGUAUGGCUCGAUACCAUCGAAUUUAAAUCGUCUGCAAAUGGGACCAGCUAUUAAUUUACCUUCAGUUGAGGGUACAAAUCCAGUAUUGAGUGAGCAAGCGAAAUAUCAAAUUUCACCAUUGGAUCGGCAUGAAAUUAUUCCUGCUGAGGAAUCCGAUGACGAGGGAGAUAAAGAUGAACUAGACGAUUUGCACGAUGAUUCUACAUUCUCUAUGGAAUUUAGCGACGAGAAUAGUCCGCAACAAGGAAAUCAAGUUCUUAAUAACAUUUUCACUAAUUACAUAGAAACCCGAUUCCAAAAUCCCGACUUUGAAAAUUUGAAAACUGUUUUUCUGUUUUAA